AGCCAAGAUAGCCGUUAUCCCGCUGCCGUUGUAAAACUAAAACUAAUUGCGAAACGGAUAGCAAAUCUGACCGUUACAUUUCUGUAACUUUCAAAACGAAAUCGCCUGUGUUUUCUGUUGAGGAUGAAACACGAGAGACUAGAGAUGGAAGAAGAUAUUAUGCAGUUACUGAGAUCCAAGGCUACAGAGCUCCUCCUAAGAGAGGAAUGGAUGGAAUCUAUCCAAGUCUACUCUCAGCUCGUAUCUCUCUGCCAACAACAACUCUCAGAGAACCAUGACAAGUCUGACUCAGAUGGGUUGUCAAAACUACGGAAGACACUUCGCUUAGCCUUCUCCAAUCGAGCGGAGGCCCGGUUCCGGUUAGGGUAUUUCUCUGAGGCUUUGGAGGACUGUGAUCGAGCACUUGAUAUUGAGAUUACCCAUUUCAAAACCCAUCUCUGUAAAGGUAAGAUCUUGCUCAACUUAAAUCUCCAUAUAGGAGCUUCAGAUUGCUUCAAAACGGCUCUUCUCCAUCUUCAGGGCAAUGAACACUCUGAGACCCUUCAUGGGUAUUUGGAGCGAAGCAAGAGACUUGAGUUCCAGUCUAGGACUGGUAAUUUGGACCUAUCAGAUUGGGUCUUAAGCGGGUUUCGAGGAAAAUCUCCGGAACUUGCAGAAUACAUUGGCGCAGUUCAGAUUAAGAGAUCAGAGAAAAGCGGUCGAGGGUUAUUCGCCACCAAGGACAUUGAAGUUGGGACUGUGUUGCUAUUCACAAAAGCUGUCGCCACCGUCAGGGGAAUAUUGCCAGAACCUGCCGAAGAUUCAGAUUUAGAUUCAACCGAGAGUGCUCGAUUGGUUAUGUGGAAGGACUUCAUAGAUAAAGUUUUCGCCGCUACCACGAGAUGUAAGAAAACGCGUGGUUUGAUUUCUACAUUAUCGGGAGGAGAAGAGGAGGAGAGCCUCAGUGUUCCUGAUAUAAGUCUCUUUAGGCCUGAAACAGAGGAACUCUUCUCUUCCGAGGAGAAGAUCGAUGACAUGGGUAGGCUCUUAAACGUAUUAGAUGUAAAUUGUCUAACCGAAGAUGCAAUUUCGGCUAAAGUUCUUGGUAAGAACUGCGAUUAUUAUGGUGUUGGGAUAUGGAUGUUGGCAUCCUUUAUUAAUCACUCCUGUGAUCCGAAUGCAAGACGCUUGCACAUUGGGGAUCAUUUGGUAAUCCAUGCUUCCAAAGACAUCAAGGCAGGGGAUGAAAUCACAUUUGCCUAUUUCGAUGUGCUUUUGCCGUUGAACAAGCGCAGCGAGAUGUCGAAGACAUGGGGCUUUUACUGUAAAUGCAAGCGAUGCAAAUUUGAGGAAGAGAUUAGUAGCAGAGGAGAGAUCAAAGAGAUAGAGUUGGCGUUUGAGAGAGGAUCAGACAUGGGCAGUGUAGUGGUCAGAUUGGAGGAAGGUAUGAGGAGAUGGAUGAUGAAGGGGAAGGAGAAAGGGUACUUAAGAGCAUCCUAUUGGGCUGCAUUUUCGGGUGCUUUUGGAUCGGAGAAGUCGAUGAGGAGGUGGGGUAGGCGGAUUCCGGCGGAGGAAGUGGUGGCAGAGUGUGUCACAGAGGCUGUAGGUGGCGAUGAGAGGGUGUUGAGGGUGGCAAUACAGGGGCUGAGGAAACAUGGUGGUGGGCUGUUUGAGAUGGAAAAAGCACUGAAGUUGGGGAGAUGUGUGUACGGGAAGGUGGUGAAGAAACAAGCAUUGAGAGCUCUGCUUGAGCUUUAGCGUUUGCGGCCCAUUAACCUACAAGCAUUGAGAGCUCUGCUAGACCUUCUUCAGGUUUCUUAUUAUUGUUUUGUAACAAGUUUAUCAG